AUGUUGGCUCUUGAUGGUCUUCCUUCAUCAUGGGAGUCAUUUAUUCAAGGGAUAAGUGCAAGAUCAAAACUCCCUAAGUUUGAUCGAUUGAAGACAGACUGCAUUCAAGAAGUGUCAGGAUUGGCUGCAAGAGUUUGGAUAUUUUGCAGCCUUAACGCUGGUGCUCUAACAUUUAUGAUUCCCAUUGGUUUUGGCGCUGCUGUAAGUACACAAGUCUCAAAUGAACUAGGAGUUGGAAACUCACAUUCUGCCCACGUAGCAGUGUAUGAAGUGUUCUUUGUGGCAAUUGUGGACAGAGUUAUGACAGGGUGUCUUUUUUUCUCUAUAAGAAAAGUUUGGGGCUAUGCUUACGGCAAUGAAAAGAAAGUCAUUUAUUAUGAUGCAAGCAUGAUCCCACUCGUAGCAGCCUCCUCAUUUUUGGAUGGAAUCCAAGGCACUCUGUCAGGCAAGAAAUGCUAGAGAAAGAGUACAUACAUCAGCAUUACCCAUAGUUACUGAUGGUACAAUAAAGGUAUGUGCUUUCUAUUCUGCUUGUAUGAAAAAGCUGAGUUUUAGGAAAUUCGUUUUAAAUUGAGAAUGAAAAUUUUAUGUGAGAUUAAAGGCAUGGACAAAAACAUCUAAAUUAAUAUGCUUUGACGUUUCAAAUUCUAGGAAAAUCAAUUGCUGCAUUGUAGUAGAAUAACAUUGACUUGUCAUGAAUGUUUGUCAUCAAAUAGGGUGAUAUUGUGUAGUGUGUAGUCUUGCAUAAAUGUUCUUACAAUAUUUCCUUUAGCAAACAAGAAUA